AUGAAUGGAUACUCAAGAAUCAGAAAAGGUAACACAACAAGAUCAAAAUCUGUAGAUUUUUCUUUUCUACCUCAAACACCACAAUCUGGUCCAACCUACGCCUUAAAAUCCUUGAAGAGCCAACCAGACGACCCUCCAAUACCCGAGCAUGAACAUGAAGAUGACAUUGGAGAAAUCUUUGGUGUAAUUUUAGGUAUAAAAUGUCCUGUCUACUCAAAGAAUUCUGUGAAGGAUCCAGUCGAGGAACAAAAUAUGGCACUUCAAAGCGUGAUGAAGAGAACACUGUCCAUAAGAAGAUCAGAGUCUGAAGGGUAUUGUAGAAUUCACCACCAGUGUAAUAUAACUGCAGCCGAUGAAUACACUACUAUAUCAGCUUCCAAGACAAGAUUCACGAAGAAGAAAGGAAAGAUUCUUAAAGCCUGUAAACAUGUUUUCGGUUUUUAG